AUGCCACCCACAAAGGAAACUACCAGCAUAAUACCAACAUCGAACCCUGAAGCUAUAACAAGCAGGAUUCGAAAUCUCGGAAACGGCUAGUUUGAAUUUGAUCGACCAACCUCCUUCUGCUUUAGUCCGCGUGAGCUGCCCAGUUGCUUCCCAAACCAGUUUACCCAAGUUUCUAUUAUCAUAUCAAAAGACUAUUUGGCGGACUAGCAAUUUCUGCGGUAAACCAAGCAAUAAGAGUUCUUUUGGAAGAGGCGCACGGCGACUUCAAGCAACCUAAUAUUCUGAGUAUGCAGUGGCAGUUUUCCCGCCUGCUGUUCCCAGCUCUUGCAAAACUCGAACUCAUUGGGAAAGGUUGCGCCCACCGUUCACGCUGCGGUCAGCUAAGGGAGGAGAAUUACAUGAUGGGAUUUGUGCUAAUGCGUUGUCUACAGUAUGACACACCUUUCCCUCAGCAGAGGAUGCUCAUUUGAGACGUCCUAGUUGGAUCCAACACCCAUUGAACACCUGAUUCCCAUGCUUGAUGUUGAUAAGGAUCCCGAUUGGAUCUCAUAACAACCACCCUACCACCCAGAAAGCUUCCACUCUGUACAGUCGUAUCUCAAGUUUUUCGUGCCGCGUGACUUGAAUGAGCCUAGGAUUUGUGGCAAGUGGGUGACGCCUUCCGAUCCAGGAACAACUUUUACCAAUGAGACCCUGGGAUUUGUGUUGGAUCUGUCGCUACCCGUUCUCAACAACUUUUACGCAGAAGUGUCAACUGGAGGAUCGAGAAUGACUAUCACUGCUGGAUUAGAACAGCAAAGGGACUGCGAAUCAGGCAUUCAGAGGCCAGUCACCGCCGCUUCGCGCUCGUAUGCAGCACCAGCAAUGACUUCCUCUUUUGCUAACGGCAUUGAGAUCAAGAAACGCUUACCACCAGGGGGCAUGAAGUGGCGGGCGGACGCUAAACAGAUCCAGAACGGUGGGAUGAGCAUGGAGGUAACCAUUUUUGACGAUGGCAUGGAGCUAGUUGCGCUGAGCCAACAGUUGAACCCUAUCUCACCCUGUCGCGUGCAACGGCAAACAAAAACCCUGUUAUAG